AUCCUUUUGCAGCGAGAGCCUUCCCCCGCGCUCCAGCGCACGUCGGAUUCAGGCCCGAAUGACAAGGCUGGCAGCAGUCCCAGGCAAAGCUCAGCACGAUAUGCCUCAGGUCCGACAGGGUGCCAUGCGGCAGCCGAGCAGGCGCCGGCCGGAACGGCGGGGCCCGGCAGACGCUCCCCGCCGCGCACGCGCAGGCGAGCACACCUCGGCGCGGGCAGAUGCCCUCGGCGUCGGCCUGAGGAGGAGGAGGAGGAGGAGGAGGAGGAGGAGGAGGAGGGGGGGGGGCGGCGCGAGGCGUCGGGGCCCCUCCCGGGCCCCAGAGAUCCGGCCGAGCGCGCGGCGCGGCGGCCCCGCCCCCCCAAAUCGAAGGCAUGCGACACCAAGAUGAUCUGCUGAUGAGUGCAGGUUAGCACAGGCGCCAGCCCCGAUCGAUGCAGCAAGGCAGCGGCCACACGUGGCAACGCUGCCAGGGUGUACCACAUCAUGCAGCGCGGGCCGCCAGCUUUGAAAGCACGCGCUGUGCGGUGCGCGCUGUGGUCGCGAGCUGAGCAGAGAGGCGCGAUGAUGGAUACAUAGCGCAUGCUUUGCUCAGCUGCUACUGUUAAGGUAACAAGCGUGCAAGCGACACCAACAUGUUUUCAGCUGGCACCGGGUAGAUUCUGUUAAACUCUUCAAGCCGUCAACAAUUCAUAAGAUACAUCAUGCACGACUGCGAGGAGCAUUGAACAGGUCAAGCUAGCAGGCGUCGGGUGAAACAUCAGACGGUGGAGGAGAAGGAGGGGAAGGAUGGGGACAAUAGAUGGUGCGGCGCAGGCCGGGCACAGCUGCCGCAAGUGGGCAACAAGGUGAGCGUGGCGCGGCUGCCACGAGCAGGGCACGGCUGCCUCGAAUGAUCCGGGGCGCAGGGGCGGCCCCGCGUGCCGACGCGGGCCUCGAAGCCUGCACACUCCUGGCCCACCCGCUCGA